AAUAGCUGGGCAAGAAACAGGAACACUAAAUAUUUCAAGGGGAUAGAGAGUUUUUUCAUUGUUUAUUAUCGCUUCCACUUUCAUUUUAUAAUGGCUAUUUGCCAUUUCUAAUACAUGCUAUGGUAAUAGUUAAUAGGGUUAUGGUUUGUUAUUUGGGGGGAAUUCAGGAGUGCAACUAAUCGAAGGGGGGAUCGAGGUCCGAGGAUCGGGGAAACAAGCUUUGCGUCGGGUCAAAAUGUCGAAUGAGUUCGAGGAGCCCCUUUCUGAUAGUUACAGGGUGGACUCAUUCCCUAAAGAUUUUGGGUAUGGAGUGGAGGAGACCGAUAUCGAGGAGGGCUCGACGUCUUCGGACAGUAAACCACGGAUACUGUUGAUGGGAUUACGACGAAGCGGCAAAUCGUCAAUACAGAAGGUGGUGUUCCACAAGAUGUCCCCCAACGAGACGCUCUUCCUGGAGAGUACCAACAAGAUUUACAAGGACGAUGUCUCCAGCACCUCCUUCGUCAACUUCCAGAUCUGGGACUUCCCUGGCCAGGUGGACUUCUUUGACCCUGCCUUUGACUAUGAGAUGAUCUUCAGAGGGACCGGUGCUUUGAUAUUUGUCAUCGAUGCCCAGGACGAUUACGUGGAGGCCCUAGGAAGACUCCACCUUACGGUGUCCAGAGCCUACAGGGUCAAUCCUGAGAUUAACUUCGAGGUCUUCAUCCACAAAGUGGACGGUUUGUCUGAUGACCAUAAGAUCGAGACCCAGAGAGACAUCCAUCAGAGGGCCAACGAUGACCUGGCGGAUGCCAGCCUGGAGAAGCUGCAUCUCAGCCUUUACCUGACGAGCAUCUACGACCAUUCGAUAUUUGAGGCUUUCAGUAAAGUUGUCCAGAAACUCCUGCCUCAGCUGCCGACACUGGAAAACCUCCUGAACAUCUUCAUAUCCAAUUCGGGGAUUGAGAAGGCCUUCCUGUUCGACGUGGUCAGCAAGAUCUACAUCGCCACCGACAGUCUGCCGGUGGACAUGCAGUCGUACGAGCUGUGCUGUGACAUGAUCGACGUGGUCAUCGAUGUCUCCUGCAUCUACGGCCUGAGGGAAGAUGGCAGCGGUGGUGCCUAUGAUAAAGAGUCCCUGGCCAUCAUCAAGCUCAACAACACCACUGUGCUGUACCUGAAGGAGGUGACCAAGUUCCUGGCCCUGGUGUGCAUCCUCCGAGAGGAGAGCUUUGAGCGGAAAGGUCUUAUAGACUACAACUUCCACUGCUUUCGUAAGGCCAUACAGGAAGUGUUUGAGGUGGGGAUGUCGGCCCAGAGGACGGGCCUGCCGCGGCUCGACACCCCCAGCCCGAAGGCCAUCGCUCAGAACGGGGUCCCCAGGACCGCCGUGUAGCCAUGGAGACGCCACACGAAGAGAAGCCAUAGCACGUCUGUGGGCGGGCCGGGACUUGGGGACACGGUCCCCACGACCGUGUGCGGUGCAGACAGGAAACCUGGAAUAAAACAACAUCACUCAAUAAAAAACAAAAGGGACCGUCAGCCAGUAGGGGGAGCUGCAGUACUGUGACUAACAGCCCCCACCACCCCCACCCCAACCCCCCCACCCCCCUCCCUCUUACCAAUAUCCUGUCAGGAUUGCCCUGUUUUUCUGCACAUCGUCAGGGGUGGGAACCCUGCUCACAGAUUUUAAACCCAUUCACGUGUUGGUUAGCCAAAAAAGUUUUGCGUUAAUAAAAAAUGACUCCCUAUAUCUCAGUGAGGGGAUACCCUCAGUUUUGGGGUGGGGAAGGGACUUGCUUCGUCCUGGCUGGACAGUGGGUCUAGUGUAGAUUUCAGCAGUCACACUGAGGCUGUUAAAAAUGUUCACAGGAACCCCCCGCCCCCUCACUUCCACAUAGUUUGUCAGCAUUUACCAUUCUCUAACACACCUAGGCACAGGUAGGUGGGAACGCCCCCAAAGCACAGCUUUAGGAGUAAUUGGGUCCAAAGUGGAUUUUCUGCAUGGUGAGUGUGCAUGUUGGUUUAAAUGAGUAGUAUCACGUCCAGUAUAUCUGAAGGCUUGGGUGAUAAGGGGAUACAUGCUCUGAAGCAUCCAGGUGAACUGUUUACAUAGUGUGGCACUGUGACUCUGAGUGAGAGAGGCUCCUUUCACCGGUCUUAGUGUGUGUGUGUGUGUGUGUGUGUGUGAGUGUGUGUGUGUGUGUGUGUGUGUGUCUCUCUAUGGGAGAGGAGGGUCUUUGUCAGGCGUGUGUGUGCUCAUCAUGUCUGUACAGGAGGGAGAGUCUCAUUGUGAGGUGUGUGUGUGUGCGCAUCAUGUCUGCACAGGAGAGACAGAGUCUCGUUGCGAGGUGUGUGUGUGAGUCAUGUCCGUGUACAGGAGGGAGAGUCUCAUUGUAAAGUGUGUGUGUGUCUUGAACUUCUCACUGAAUUUUUGGAUAGUCUUGUUUCAUUCUUUCCUGUGCGUUCAGGGUCUUCUCACCUGUGCAUUUUGGACGAUGAUUAACAUUAACAUUAUUCUUCUGACUAAACCUAAUCUAAUAACCUUUUCAUUUGAGGUAGGGAGAGGCUGUUGUGGUUGCUAGUGUACAGCUACCAGAAUCAGGGGACUGAAAGUGGGGUCACUGUCCAUGUGGUCUUCAGCCUGGCCACCAAACCGGAACUGUUCUGCCUUACCAGCGUCCUACGGAUCACGAGGUGCAGGUCAGGAAAAGGGAAAUCUCAUCACUUUCCGUGGAGAUAACUGAACACUGCCUCUUUCACUCGUUUUGUUGGAGAACUCUGCUGAGUAUUAAAGUUAUUUUUGCAUUUAAA